AGCUACGUGCAGGACGUGCUGCGCACGCAGCUGGCGGCCGAGGUGCAGCGCGUGCUCUGCGACUGYGCGGGCCACAUGUACGUGUGCGGGGACGUCACCAUGGCCACCGAGGUGCUGCAGACCGUGCAGCACAUCCUGGUGCAGCGCGGCGGCAUGACGCUGCGCCAGGCCGGCGACUUCAUCAGCGAGCUGCGGGACAAGAACCGCUACCACGAGGACCUGUUCGGGCUGACGUUCCGCACGCAGGAGGUGGCCUUCCGCAUCCGCAGCCAGUCCUUCUCGCAGCUGGAGCGCCGCCAGCCCGGCCCGGCGCCCUAG